AGUCAGCCUAAGCCAGUAAAAAGGAGAAAACCACAUUCAUCAACCCAUCUAAAACGUUUCAACCAGUCACUACGUCCUUGAAAUGACUGCACACGCGCCCAUCAUCCGUCUGGAUUGCAAAAGUCAAUCAUAUGAUUGGGGAAAGCUAGGAAAGGACAGCAAAGUCGCGGAGCUUGCGGCUGCUUCGCCAGAGUUUGCCGCAAAGGAAAACACGCCGUAUGCAGAGCUUUGGAUGGGAACCCACCCCAACGGGCCUUCAAAAGUCUUCGACACAGAUACCCCUCUCAAGACGAUAUUGAACGCAACAAACUUGACUGAAAAGCUACACCAAGAAUACAGCGGCGACCUUCCCUUCCUGUUCAAAGUCUUGUCCAUCAGAAAGGCGUUGUCCAUCCAAGCGCAUCCGGAUAAGAAAUUGGCAGGCGACCUGCAUGCAAGGUUCCCUGAUAUUUACAAGGACCCAAACCACAAGCCUGAAAUGGCCAUUGCCCUCACCCCUUUUGAAGCAUUCAUCAACUUCCGCCCUUUGAAAGAAAUCAAGGCCAAUCUCACUCAAUUUCCCGAAUUCCGGGACCUGAUCGGUGAUGCCGUAUCCAAACAAUUCGAAGUGCAAGUGGAUAAAGCGGGUGAAUCAACUGAUGCCAAAGAUCUCGCGGCCAACAAGGAUGUUUUGAAGCUCCUGUUCAAAACAUUGAUGGAGAGCGACGAAAAAGCGCUCCAUGAACAACUGGACAAAUUGAUAACCAGAAUACAAGCCGAUGGACUAAACACCAAAGGAGGAUUGUUUGAACUGGUUUACCGUCUGAAUGAACAGUUUCCCAAAGACGUUGGUGUAUUUUGCGCAUUUUUACUAAAUCAUGUCAAGCUGAGCCCCGGCGAAUCAAUCUUUUUGGCCGCCAAUGAGCCACAUGCGUACCUUUCCGGGGAUUGCGUGGAGUGCAUGGCUGCAUCCGACAAUGUGAUUCGUUCGGGAUUGACACCAAAGUUCAAGGAUGUGGAUACCCUCGUCAAAUGCCUAACCUACAACUACGGUCCGGCUGAUGCCCAGAUUCUGCACGGAGACCCAUACAAAGGCCUCAAGAACACAACUUUGUACGAUCCCCCUAUCCAAGAGUUUUCGAUUCUGCGCACCCGGCUUGAGAAAGAACAAGAAACAGUAGAAGGUAUCGCGGGACCGAGCGUGUUGAUCGUCACGGAGGGAAACGGAAAGAUUGAGUAUAGCAACACUGGGACCAAGACUGUUUUGGAUGCAAAAGCAGGCUACGUGUUUUUCAUCAGUGCAGGCGUGGCUGUCACCUUGACGGGGCUGGGAGAUGGUCCUUUCACUUCCUACCGGGCAUUCUGCACUUAAUUUAUUAAACGAACGCAACUCCUUACGAUGGGCUAUGUUCUUUUUAGUUUGUUGUUGAUGCUGGGUAUACUACUGUCACUCAAUGUAAACUGUCGAUAAUUGAAAUAUACUAGAAAUACUAGAAAAAGUCCGGUGCUAAUUCCGACACUGG